AUGGGCUUUCCAGUUCAGAAUGAUUCUAAGGGCGAGCGCACAGAGGAAGAGUCAACUGAGCUUGGUAUGACCGUCACAUCAGGGAGUGAAACUUCCCAGUCGGUCUCAGCCAGCGCUGGCUUCAGUGGCUGGGGCUUCUCUGCAGAAUUUAGUGGCUCAACGGAAACGAGAACAUUCAACACGCUAGAAACUUCGACCAUAAAAAGAGUCACAGACACCUACACUUGCCCCCCUGAAUCAGCUAUCUUUGUCUAUAAGCGGCGGUAUAAACUUUGGUGCACAGCGUGGAUUUUCUAUGAGGAGAAAAAUGCCUGGCUCGAGUCUGACAGAGGCAAGUUCGAAGGAGAAUUUGUGAACGAAAUCACUGCCAACCAGGAGCUGAUCAGCCCAAUUGACUUAACUGCCUAUCGAAAGAUCACCAAUAACCCUCCUUCGGGCCUUGUUAUUCCCACGACCGGCUUCAACGUCGACGGGAGGGGUAUAUUCUGGACGCUGUAUGUCGCAAUAUUGGCGCAACAAUACCCUUGUGUCCAACCGUAA